AUGGGAGAUAAUAACGCAUCACCAUCGGUGAAAGAAACGAACAUAUUGUCAUUUCAAUGUCCAAUGUUAAAGUCAACUAAUUAUGCAAUUUGGAGCUUGCGAAUGGAAGUGAUUAUUGGGAUUCAUGGAAUAUGGAAAGUGGUAUCUCCGUGUUUAGUUGACGCUAAGAUGAACAAUAUGGUGAAAGCUCUCCUAUUUCAGUCGAUACCGGAAGAUUUGAUUCUUCAAAUUGGGCAACUCAAAACCGGUAAGGAGAUGUGGGAGGCGAUUAAAACACAAAAUCUUGGUGUUGAACGCAUACAAAACAACAACACAAUAGAUGAUUUUGCAGCAAAGUUUUCUCGUAUAGCUUCCAAAUCCGCCUCACUUCGUGAAGUAAUACCCGAACAGAGAUUGGUAAAGAAAUUUCUCACAAGUCUUCCCAAACGUUUUCUACAAUUUGUGGCGUCACUCGAGCAAGUUCUAGAUCUUAAAAAGAUUGGGUAUGAAGAUGUGGUUGGAAGAUUGAAAGCUUAUGAAGAAAAAAUCAAAGAGGAUGAUAAUGAAAACGGGACUCAAAGAAAGUUGUUCUUUUCUAAAGCUCAAAGUUCCAACAAGAAUCGAGACUCAAACAAGGGUAAAAGUUGUGGUUUGAACAUUCGUGAUCCUGGUCGUGUUCGUGGACAACGUGACCUCUCAACAAAUCUCAAUGUGAUACAAGAAGGAGAUACGGAUUAUGAGGAAGGAACUUUGUUUAUGAUGAAUCGGUUUCAAGAAAAGAUUUAUUUGAAUGAAGAUAAGUUCAUCCCUCCAAAGAUCGAGACUAGAACAGAUGAUGAUGAUAUAUGGUACUUUGACAACGGCGUGAGUAACCACAUGACUGGUAAUCGUUCUUACUUUUCCGAAUUGAAUAAACUUAUAACUAGAAAGGUAAAAUUUGGAGAUGGGUCAGGUGUGGACAUAAACUUGUUUGAAGGAAAGAGUGGAGAACGAAAGUUAGUAAAAGAUGUUUACUAUAUUCCAUCUCUCCAAAGUAACGUGAUCAGUCUAGGACAAGCUACGAUAACUGGUUGCGAUAUUCGUCUUCAAGGUGAUUUCUUAACCAUGCGAGAUAAAAGUGGAAGAUUGUUUAUGGAAGUUUCACGGAGUGGAAAUCGUCUCUACAAAACUCGACUGCGAGUUGCGAAACCUCAACGUGAUUGUGUUGAGAACAAACAAGUGAUAGUUGAACAUAUUUUUGGAGACAAACAAAAGGUGGAUCCAGUGAUAAGACCUUGGCGUGUGCAAGGUUCAAAUGUUCAAUGA